AUGGCGCUCGCAUCUGACGACUUGAAGAUCAAAUUUACAGUACCAACACAACAGCCUCUAUUACCAGGGUGAGUAUGGUUUACGACUGAAACUUAAAAAGGCUUGGGGAAAUGUUUGGAAGGAUAACACGGGAUCUAGAGCAACAUGCAAAACUUUCCUAAGGAUCUCUCUCAGGGAGUCGUUGGUAAGGUGGGGAGGGGAGGGGAGAGGGAGAUUUCGUUACGCACAGGGCUCAGGCAAGUGGUUCAAAGGGCUGAUAACGCAAUACAACGGAUACAACGCUAUCCAGCCCAAGAACAAAGUACAAUAUGAUUCGACUGGAGUUCGAACCCAGACCUGUCGAUCUGGAGUACAACCGGCCGCCGUGUUCGUUUACAUCCCUCAUGACGAUGAUCAAUCUCAUGAUAUCCUCUUGAUAUCCGCCCAUGAUCGUGAAUUUUACGCCAUUCUGUUUAUCAUUUCUGAUAGAGACGAAACUCUUCUUCAUGUGGACUGUCAUACCGCAACUAUUAAGAGAGAAGCCAUCCAAGCUUUGACUAUGAUAUUCAGCUUACCGUAUUUCCUGCAAUUCAAAGGAAUCACCAGCUCAGCUGGAUAUGGUGAACCAUCUUCAUAUCGUAACGAAAGUGGUCGGCUGAUUGUAGAGGUGAGCACUCAGUGAAUACCUAGGCCUCUCCGUGAUGAAAAAACUGUUGCCUUCUCUUUGUAUAAAACGUGUAUGCCUGGUGUAAACGAGUGCUAGCUAGGAAAUUGUUGUUUUGUCCUUUUAAGAGAGUAACCUGGCAGGUUUCAGGGUAUUUUUAUGGCUCCAUAUCAAGGGCUACCGAGACCUUAGACGCAGAAACUAAUUUCUUGGUAUCUGAGAAAGCCUAACUUUUCUUUUGAACGUCAGAAAAUCUUUAGAGAGAAUCAUUUUGCCACAUCUCGCGUGGAACUGAAACUGGGAAUGCCUAUGAUCAUUUUGUUCAAAGACGUCCCUCUAACAUUUGCAAACUUGUUCCAUUAACCAUAUCAAUUGAACGGUAACGAUUUUAUUGUCUGUAGCGUAGACAUUGAAAAACUGAGAGUACAUUCACUGGACCUGUUAGAAGUUUUUUCAGUUUUGUAAAUAAAGUACUUCAGACUUCAAUUUUUUCCUCAUUUCCCUUAAGGAAUGUUUUUGUUUUCAAGCGCAGCGCACGUGAACCUGUUCAUUAACCAAUCACGUUUAGAGACCAUAAACAUGGCAUUUAGGUUGAUGCGGAUACACUCGUGGACAUUCGUAGACACUCAUGGAUACUCGUGGACAUUCGUAGACACUCGUUUUCUUAGUUGAGUUAAAAAUUUUGAACAUUUUGUUGUCUCAAACUUUCUCGCUUGGUUUUGUUGGAGAGUUCAACACUCCUUGAAGGCUUUAUUUACAGCCAAACGUUGAAUUUAAGUUGAAAAUCUGGAUAAGUAUACUUUUCUUUAUGGAGAAUAGACUUAGCCAUCUUUGUCGGAAAAGACGUUCUUACCAAAUAAUCUAAAAUAUCCUAUUGAUCAAUAUAAUGAACUGAGAAAGUUCAGUGACUAUAAAAUAUGGAAGUGUGGGAGACGUAGUGUUAGCAGCUGCUACUAUUUUCAUUAAAAAAAACCAGUACUUUAUUUUAUUCUCAGUUCGCUCCUCCAAAAAAUUCUGCUAAUAUCAGCCUCGAUGUCACAUUUUUUGUGAUGAAACAAAGAUUAGUGCCCAGUGGAAGUGCGAGUACCUCAGCAAUUCACGUAGAUGUCAAUUACCGAAGAGGACCUCAAGAGUGUUCCCAGACACUCCAUAGCUACAGGGAUGUUGAAAUAGUGGUUUAUCACCCAGGUUAGAUAGGUCACGUGCAGUUGAGUUUUAUUCAUUUCUUUUAUUUUCUUUAUACAUUUUCUUUUUACAUUUCUUUUAGCGGGGUCGACAAAAAGAAUCAAAUCCCCUGCAUGCAUCCACUUAUACCGAGCCAGAACCUAUUUGUCUCUCCUCUGGCUGAUACUAGAAUAAGUUUGACGAUCAUCAGUUUUGGCAAGUCAAUAACCAUAAUGAUAAAUAUUAGAAGGAUUAUGUGACUCUGACUUAUCAAGAACGUGGAACAAGGAAAAAAAGUUCCCAGUCCCCACGAGGAAUCGAACCUCAGACCUUCAUAUUUUACUCCAAUAUUUUUCCACUGAGACACAGAGACUCAACGGUGAACUGGGACUCUUAUGCGACCUCAUUACCACUCAUCAUCAAGCUCAGUCUUUUUUUUUCUUUUCUUCAUUUUUCUUACUCGCUUUAUUAUUGUAAUUGGUUCCCGAAAAUAUUUUUAUAUGGUAACGGUAUUUUUUCAAUGUUAGUGUCUGAUGAGGGACUCGUCACCCCUCACCCCCCUCCCCCGCAAUGAAUAACAAAUGCUCCCUUAUUUCAACUCCUCAGACUGCCAGAAUUUCGGUCCACUGGGAAUAAGCGAUGGAAGUGUGAAAGAAAGCCAACUGAGUGUCUCCUCUCUGUUUCAAACAAGUUCUGAGAUAGGAGGCUACGAGCCGUACGGUGCUGGCUUACAUGCCCUUAAACACUGGGCACCAGCUCGAGGUUUCCCUUCAUACGAUAGACGGCAAUAUGUUCAAGUGGACUUCAGAGAAGUGAAACGUAUUGAAAUGGUGAGACUAAACUGAAAUGAACCAGAAAAUAAAUGACUUUCUCUUGUAUAAUACUAGAUACUCUUCCACUUGAGAAAUUGUUCCUAUAGCAAAUUAUUAUCUAGUCAUAGUCUGAUCCAACAAUAUAACUUUUAUUGGGGUUCCUUCUCUCAGAGGAAAUUAUUCCAUAAGAAAGAACACGUGUAACGUUAAACGGGUGCUCUUUUUUUUUGGUACAUAAUCCACGAAAACAUUAACCCGAGGAGAGAACCAAAGCAAAACAACAAAACAAACAGAAACAAAAAUAAACAAUAUAAACCAACGACAACUGAAAGAGAAGCAAAAAAACUGUUUUAUUUUCUUUUACCUGGCACUUUUUUCUUGCAACUUUUUAACAUACCUGUUUGUUUAAACAUUUUAUUUUGCCAGGUGUCUGCGCAGGGUCACCAUGAAGCAAAGGCUCCUAUACGAUCGUUGAAGUUUAGUGUGAGCAAUGAAGGAUAUCGAUGGAAAGACUACAGUGAAAAGAACGUAGAGGUAAAACAACGUUAACCAAAAUUUAGAAGUCGGUUGAAGAAAGUGGCGAUUUUCACAUGAUGAACGAAAAUCAGUGUUAUGUUUCUUAGUCAUUCGAGAUGAGCUCGAAUAACUAGAAAUGCGAGAAAUCGAAAAAUCUCAUUCCUCAGUGUGUGCUUAUUUCUUCAUUCUUUCUCACUAUCUUCCCACUUUGGUGUUCCCCUAGCCUGCAGUGUAGGUUUCUUAACGUUAAGAAGCUCGCGGUCGUUUAUUCAACCGGCCAUAUUUACAUUUGAUUUGGAGGUGAAGGUAGUUGCGGGGAGGGGGGGCGGGGAAGUUCACCCCCCCACCUCCGCCCCUCUCCCCCUACCUCAACCUCUCUCCAUAUUCUUGACCGUCGCCUACCCCUUUGGUACAAAUUUCUUUCUCUUCCCAGCCCUCCGCUGCCAUUAAAAAAAAAGAUGGCGGCUAUAAUUUUCGAUAAGAAAAUACUAAGCCUGCUCUGCAGACUAGUGUUCCACCUCACAUCUUAUUGGAUCAGCAAUGUCAAAGGCGUCGUGUGAGUAAAUAGAACAAUAGAGAGGGUAAAUUUUGAACUGGGUGAUGACAUGAAGAAGGCUGAUUUUUCCGUCUUGUUACGAGCAUGGAGCAAAGACAAAACAUCUUUCUUUAGUUCCUUACUGUGCUCAAAAUUCACCAUCUUUAUUGAUCCAAGUGCUUUUUUCAUAUUUCUGAAUUAUUCUCUCCAUACUUGCUCCCCAGUUCUACUUCACAUCUGGUGUUUUGGAAAACCCGGGAAAUAUGCUAAUUACAGCCCUUUUGAAGAUGCCACUGGAAGCACGUUGGUUUAGAAUCAGUCCAAGAUUUCCUAAUGGAUUCUUCGGGCUAAGAUUUGAAGUUUAUGGUUGUUCAGUGAAAAAACAGCCAAUUCUUUACGAAGGUAAUGUCGAAAGUAUUUAAGGGGCAAGUUUCUGGAGAAACUCCGUUGGGUGCUGCGUCUGUGGGGGUCUUAGAAGACAAUUUGGUUUCAACUGAGUUGGAGAUGUAAAUUUACCACGGUAAAGAAAAUUGCACCCAAACCUUAACACUUCAAUCUCCCUUAUCAUUCUGAGCAACAUGUGGCAGUCGGCUGCCUUUCCCUGCAUCUUGGUAGUUCGGAAAGCUGCAAAACUGUAGAAGACAAAUUCAUCUUUCACAUCGGCACUCUCAAUCUCCAAGGUAUCAAAGAACUGUUUUAGUUGCAUUCAUCCCUUUUACUCUUGUGUUUUACACGUUACCAUAUUCCCACCGAUAGUGUAGCUCCAUUUUUCUCUCUCUCUAUCAACCACAGACAACCCACAAUUCCUCCGUUCGUCAUGGCAAAAAGCUUACCCUUAGAAACCCUUUACAGUGGGUGAUCUACACUAUUAGCGCAGUUGAUAAAAGCAAAUUACCCAAAAUUUCAGUCUGACAAGAGAAUUGAAAUAUGCAACUUGAUAAAUUUUUCUUUUCUUUUCUUAGAUCCUCCAUUGGGUGUUGAAUCUAAAGAAAUCACUGACCAGCAAAUGAAUUCAUCCUCUUAUGCUGGCGAGAGGUGUAAAGCAGCAAAAGCCCGAUUGAACCUGCAAAUUUUGCAGGGGGCCUGGUGCGCAAAGCAGCCUCCCACAGCUGAAUGGCUUUCAGUGAACCUGAUUACUAGUCACGUGAUAUCAGCGGUAAGCCAAUCGCGUUGAGAUUGAUGUAUUUCUGAUAACUUCAAGAGAAAUCUCUAUUUGAUUUUUGCGUAAAAUAAGCACACCAUAUGUGAGGAUGGUAUAUAAUGUGUGAUGGUUUAUGAAUGAAAAGGGUUUGAAGAUCGCGGUGAAGGGAACAUUGUGAAAAUUAAAAAAAGCUGAAGAUAACGAAAGUCGUGGGAGGCGUUACUGGGACCCUGCCCGUUUUACACGCUAUCCUUGUGUCUCGGUAGGGCAGCAAUUUCGCUCUUUCAUAGUUUAGUUCAGCUGUGAGGUUUUACAAUCAGUCAAAAACAAACAAAAGCACAUGAAAAAAUAUAAUGCGACUAUUUAAAACAAACAAACAAAAAUUAAAGAUACAAAACAAAACAAAACGACAAAAACAAAAAUAGAUAAAACCUAGCAAAAGACAAACAAAAAGCAAAUCAAAGCGAAUGAAAGAAAACCAUCCUAUGUAACUGCUGAACACACCACUUGGAAUGCUAACCGGCACGGCAUCCAAACGGCUUUUAUACAUACAAUAUAUAAUUGAUCAUCAACAUGAUAAUUAUAAAUAUUUGAUGACACAUGUUGCUUCUGUUCAAACAGGUGUCGACACAAUGCAGAUUUCCCAUGAAUUACCAUGCAGAGGGCAUAAUGUACUGUGUGACGUCAUAUCGUUUAGGAUAUAAAACUGAUGUUCAAAGUCUGCGGAAAUUCUACAUGGAGAACGGGAGUGAUAAGGUACUCGGGACGGGACGGGAUGGGACGGGAUGGGACGGGAGGGGACCCUUAUAGAGGUGUGUUCGCAUUUAGCGAUCGGUUAUUCUUUAUCUCUUGGGGUUGGGGGGGAAGGGAUUCCGGUGGAUUAAGUCUCAAUAAUAUUUACCCGAUUUACCGUUACUUCCGUAACAUUUUUCGUACCCCUUUCCUUGGCAGUUAAUUGAAAUUCAAUCUUCCAUAGUCCUCUCUUGAUACUCUCGUGCGACAUCUGAACCCUCUAUGUUCCCCCUGAAAACCGCAUGACCCCCCCUUUAAAAUAAAAACACCCUCCCCUCUCGAGGCGAUAAAUGAUGACUGACCUCCCCUCCCUUGGGCCCCCCUUCAAGGUGAUGAUAAAAUAACACUCUUGUGUUAUACUCGAUUUCGAUUUGUCUUCAAGUUUUGUGCAACUUGUGACGCCAGAAAGCGCAAGAAUUCAAAGCGGUCGUCCAUACUUAUCCAGUCUCACUCUUUUAUUGCAGAAAUUUCUCGGAAAUCUCCAAAGGUAUUCUAUGGUAAAGCAUCACCUUAUCAAGCCAAUCCAGGCAAUGACAAUAAUUUUUGCCAGCCUAACGAAUAUAGGUGAUAAACUUUGUAUGCGAGUGGAACUGUACGGGAAAAAAGAAAAAACGCUUGGUGAGUAUCUUAGCGGGGAGAAAUCAGAUACGAUCUUCCCUAAGUCCGGUCCUCGUAUGUUUUCUGGAGAUAAGGCAAGAGAAACGGUUUCGUAAGAAGUUACUGACUGCUGAAUAGCAGUGAAAAAAGAAAAAAAAAACUUACCAACAUGUCUAAAGAAUGUAGUGGGGAAAGAGCGUAAUUGAAAUAACGAGGCAAGAGAAGAGAGAGCGGAAAGAGCCACAAGAGAAGACUGCGACGAAAGUGAUGUCUAAUAAUGUGCUUAUAAAUAUGCGUUAUGGACCAAGCGUUAGGCCAAAUGACAGGAUAUCGGCCGAGUAAUCUUUUUUUUUUUUUGGACCUCAACUUCGUCUCGGUCCAUGAAAACGCCAAAAAAAAAAAAAUUAACCUUAUAUCCAGCCAUUUUGACCGAACAAGCUUGGUCAAUAAAAGAUGUAUUUUUUGGAACAAAAAGAUUUCGCUUAUUAUGAAUCAAGAAUUUCAUUUUUGUUUCCAGAGCCGGGAAAGCCAACUUCGUCUGUAGCACCAUAAACCCACAAGAGUCGUUCAUGUUUACGUAGACUCAAUCGCCGAUAUUGUCCAAAAAUUUCGUAAAUGCAUUCCUUGCCCGGAUCAAAGCGGGCAAUUUCAAGUGGACAGCACGAGCUUAUCUUGCCAGCUCGGGUAGCCAAUCAGAUGAGUCUUCAUAGUGCAAACGCGUGUGUGCAUUAUCUUUGUCAAACAGUUUCUGAACAAAAUGCCUCACUUAAUCACUUGAUUUCAUUAUAUAUCGAGAUUCCUCCUGUAAUUUUUUUCUAAGUAUGCUAAACAUGUAAACGCUUUCCUCUACGACAAAAAGCCAAUUUCUUGAUUGCAGCGUAUUUUCUCCUAACAGAUCUGCCCGUGGUAUUUUCCAGAGCUUUCCUUGUAGACACACGUAUAAACCGUCUGUUUGUUUGCAACACUGAAAUUUCAAGGUAGGAAACAUGGAAUAACGGGCAUGAUAAUCAAUAUUUUUCUUUGCAUGAAAAUUAUCAUUCUUGGCCUCGCUUUUGAAAGAAGAUUCCUAUGCUUUUACAUAUAUUUUCAAGGCCACAAAGGCUAAUUUACAUGAAAAUUUUCCAUGAUUGAAUUGAGCACUUGAUGUCUAUUGCGAGAUGAUUGAUGCGGGCGGAGCAGGAAUCAACUAUCACGCAUAAAAAUCUUGAGUGAAUAAUCUUAUUGCUUUAGUAUAGAUCUAUUAUAGCACCAAGACAGGCUCAUGUUUUUAUUUAAUUGUGUUUACAGCCCCUCACAAUUUGCAUUGUCCACCCACUUUACAAAUUGUUUAUCACGGAAUAGCUGGCGAGCGAUGUGGCCAAUCAGAUUGCAGCAUCUGCGAUAGAGCACUUGUAGAUUUAAAGUAUGAAAACAAUGAAUAAUCGGUUCCACCAUCGAUGAAAGAGGUUUAGAUAGAACCGGAACGAAGCUCUGCCAUAUUCAUGCGUAGUAGUCAAUGUACGAAUCAUAGUAUUUGCACGUGAUAACUGAGGUGCAUUCAUAACCAUAGCUCUCUUAAAACUUGGCAAAUAUAUCAAGAAUAUCUACCUAAAGCUUGUUUCUGUGACACUAACUUCCGGUGAGAAAGUUAUGCCAUGAACAUUUGAAUUAAAGACAAAAAAAUUUAUCUUCCCUUCUCCAGGCAGAGGUCUCACUGCUAUGUAACGAACGAUGGGAAAACAUGGACAGGUAUAAAAAACAUAAUGGUGGCUCUUAGUUUCAUUGCCAACGCGCAUAUGCAGUGUAUAACUAGACGAGUGAUCUGAAAUGAAAAAAAGGUAUUCUUCCUGUCAGCCGAAUGAAAUUCUUACGCGAGCCGCUUUGUUUGAUUGUGUGACUGCGAUGCAUUUGGCCACCGGUUGUCUUACGCCCAUGCGCAUUGAAUGGCAGCCAGACUGGGAGAGCCGCCGUGUUGUAAACAACGUGUUUGUUGCGUUCUUUAAAACUGGUUUAAUCCGUCUUAUUUCGGAACAUCUGUCUGUUCCUUGAUAUUUAACAGUGACGUUUGAUCGUUACAUAUUCUAUGGCACAAUCCCUCUAGGAAUCCUACAAAUAAAAGAGUUUUCUUUCAUAAAAGUAGCGAAACUGUAUCCUUACGUCACACUAUCCAAAAUGUCGCCCAGAGAAGAAUUACCAACAACAGUUAAUGCUUGCAAUUUUCGUUUUCAAAAGUUUAGCAGCAGCUCCCCCAUUGACAGGUUUGGUUAUAUCCAUUUUUCCUUCUCCAACAGCGCUGAACUUCCAACUUCUCACCGUACUUGGUCUCGACAAAGAGGGAAAUCUUCACGGCGUUUAUCUAAAUGGAAAGAUUUUCCUCUCGUGCAGACAAAACGGCCAAGGUGAUUGCAAUGUUGAAUCGGCUGAGAGCUGGUACCGAGUCCGGGACGAACCUGAGACUAUAACCGCGACUGAAGUACCACACAUAGCCGAGACGGGUUUGGAUCACACAGAUGUUCCCGACCGACAUACUCUCACUCUCAAAGAUGGCCUUGGCCGUUUUUGGGGAGGUACUAAAAUAGCUCAUAAUGAUAACCAAUUUUAAAACUUCAUCCUUUAUCAUAUGUGUGGUGUAAGAGUUGGGGCCUAGACCACCUGAAGACCGGGUUCGAGCUGGUUACUGCCGUAAUUGCUGAGAUAAACCCGUUCAGAGAGGGCAGCAAUUGCUCCUGACAAAUAAAUUCAGGAUCUGUGCGAGAAGAGAAGAGAUCAAACAAUCCAGCUUUUUAUAACUGCUGCCCAACGAUAAGUCGUUGGCCAUAAUAGAAGUGAAAAGUGGUCUUUUCAAGCGGAUAAUUUCUUCUGUCUGAAAGAGAAAAAGCUAUGAACUCUAAUCAAGGUAGUGUUAGUGCUUUAUAGAGAGAUUAUGAGAUAAAGUCCGAUUUGUUUGUUCUUUGUAAUGAUAGCUAUCGGAUCCUAAACGAACAGUUGAUCAUAAUACUAUAAAUUACUUGUAACUCUUGGAUAGCUUCACGGUAUCUGACCAAAAAGAAGUAAUUUUUUUACCUAUUCCAUUCAGCUUCGUCCCGAGGGAUCCACCUCUCAGCGCCAUCGGAUGAACCAGUUUGGAAACUAGUGUUAACAUGGCGGGACUACGGUAAGUGCCCGGGGUAUCCGGUAUAGCCAAGGAAAUCUGCUGGACUUUCAGGAGCACUAGAGCACUCCUUUUUUCUUGGGUCUUAAGAAAUGCUACAGCGAACACCAACAAUCUGAACCGAGGGCGAGCGGAGAUGGGAGCAUGCGCAGGAGUGGAAACACAAUGGACGGAGAAAAGACGGAGAAAAGUGGAGGACUUACAAUUUUGCUCUUUAGAAGUUUCCAUCAUUUGUGGAGGGAAGAACUUAAAAAACCCUCCCAUUACAGCCAUGUAGAAAAAUAAUGAAGCAUACCAAGAUUUUUUGUCACAUUUUGAAAUUUACUUAGGAAAGUGGGUUGCCAAAUUUAAUUUUAUGACGGUCAACAAGUACAGUUUUUUAUCAUCCAACUGUACAAAGAAAAAUGCAAAUAACGCGCCAAUAGAGUACAAAUAUCCUGCGAUAUUCUACGGUUAUUUGGACAGUUGGUUAUUUUGUACUGUAAAACCAGUCGGCUGCGUGCGCUACGCCUCUCUAUCCGCUUUGCUUUUCCCGCCAUGUAAGAGAUGAACAGAAAGACUUAGCGGAAAGAAAAGCAGUUGGAUAAUAAAUAACUUAUUAGACAUUCUGGUGUGUAGCAUUGUUGAGUAUUUUUACUCGUUGUUUGUUUUUUGACCCGCCCUACGUACGGGCUUGUCAAAAUACAGCACAGCUCGUAAAAAUACUCAGCGAUACUGAAAUGUCUAAUAAGAUAUAUUUAUUGUGUUUUGUUGAAGGAAAUUCGAUCUGAGGGAGGAGGAGAGUCUAUUUUCAAUGUUAGCGAUCACUCCAGGAACGGAAAAGUAACAUAGGUCACAUCUCCCUCCAUAUUUUAUUUGGGGGGGGAGGAUGUGUAAAAAAGAAGUUGGUUUUAUCAAAAUGAAAUUUACCAGAUCACCCUAAGGCUAAGACCCCCCCCCCCCAACCGGCGAAAAAUAAUGAGAGUUCCCACAGACAGUAUCAACACUGUCAAUCAAUCCUAACAUCUAACUUUGAAUCUUAAAACCUUCUCUCUCUAAGAUUUUGAUGAGUGCGCCAGUUCAAUUUGCUUUAACAGAGGAACAUGCGUGGUGUCAAAUGGAUUUCUUUGUUUUUGCCUGAACGGUUGGACUGGACAGCGGUGUGAAACAAGUAUGUCAUACGUUGCUAUAUCAUUUUGGUUAUAAAGUGCAUCAGUCAUUUUGUUAUGUACGUAGGAAGGGACUAUGCUUUCAGAUUAUCUCGCGGGUUGAGUUUAGGUGCGGCUUGACAUUCCUUUCGGGUGUCAGGCGCAAGAACUAGGAGUUUGAAAUAAUCGAUACGUUUUUAUCAUCCGUUCUCCAUGCUUAUAACAUAAUUAACUUUGUUUUAUCAGUUUUGUCAUUUUCAUAGAAUUUCAACCCCAACUUGAAUGUUUAUACGAUACAACAUGCAAGAUACGAAAAACAGCUUGAUUUAUAAAGCUUAGUUCAAAAUGUAAUCUUCCUUAUCAAAAUUCUUGGUUCUGGGAUAACAUGUGAGAGGAUAGUUCUAAAUCGGGCAAUCUAUGAAAACCUAGCUUGAAAAGUUCUUACUAAUCAGGAAGAUACAGUGAGAAAAUAGAACAGAGUGAACAAAGUUGAACGUUGGGAUAUAACGAGAGAGCAGUCGGAACUUCUACCAUAAAGUAUUGAUGAAAACGUUAAUGAGCAACAUAUAAAUUACAUAUUUAAUGGACACUUUUGGACUCAUAUGUUUGCUUCCCUGAUAGCUACUCUUUAUAAAGCAAACUUAUUUUGAAUUUUUCAUAACGUUACAAAGAAGACCAACGAAACUCAUAGGCGUAGAAAAAAUAAACAAACAAAAAACCGAAAAAGGAAGAAACAUGCUACAAAUAUGAUGUUUAAUUCGAAGCACACGCAAAAGGGAUAUACGUAUACGUCUUUUUUUUACUCCAGGAUGUGGAAAGCAUAAAAAAAGCAUUGUGGGGAUUUGACAUGCAAACUUCGUGGCGUAAUUCAGGGCUUAAAGGUGUGGGGAGAGUAUGCAUCUCAUUAAAGAUAGCGGAAAGGACUUUUGUGGGAAUAAGGGCUUGAUUCUGUUCCUUGGAAUCAAAAAAUCAUUGGAUUUUAAUAAAAUCAUUGCUAAUUUUUUCAUUUUUAGGGGCAGGGUAAAUUACAUUCUGCACAUUAUAUCUACAAGUUCACCGUGGUUUCCCUUCGAUUUCAUGCCAUUAUCAACAGCAGCCAAAAAAAAAACAUAUUUUAAAAAUGUUAUGGGAAAGGGCAGUUAACCUGAAGGAUUGCAUGCUAUUUUAAUAACAAUAAUAAUAAUAAUAAUAAUAAUAAUAAAUUUCAGGUGUUGAUGAGUGUGCUUCAAAUCCUUGUCAAAAUGGAGCCACGUGCAUCGACAAACAUUUGAGCUACAAAUGUUACUGUACUAUUGGAUAUAACGGAACGCUAUGCCAAACUGGUAUGCUACUUCUGUGUAGAGAAAAUACAACUGUCCCAUCACACCUUAUUUCCAAGCUUGAAACACGAUAUUUUGCCUCGAACCAUGACGGAUAAGAUGUUUUUACUCUAAGUGGUUAUUACAGACAACAAACAAACAUCAAACAACCGAUAAGAAACAAAAGAACGUAAUACUUAACUUACAAAAACGAGAAGUGUAACCGCAAAAACGACAACAAAAAUGCCAAAAGGGAAAAGAAGAACAAAACAAGACAAAAACGGAAACAGAGAAGAAAGACAUUGCAUCCACCUUACACAGUUCAAAGUCCAAUCAUCCAAUCGGCUGCAUAAAAUGGAUGCUUUCUAAAAGGAAGAAAAUUUUAGCAGUCUUAUCUAUAUUUUUCCAUUUACGAAUGUUUUCAUUCUGGAAGCAGAUUCGAAAGAUAUCUAAUUUUGAUGAUUGAGAAAUCCGCUGUCUUAGGUUUGAGAUCGGAGGAAAAAAUUAUUCUUUGAGAAGUUUUUCCGGAUAAGCUCGGUCAGCUUAUUUAUCUUUUCACUAAUUGUGCAAAAGAUAUCUAUUUUAAAGACAUAUAAAGACACUAUCUGAACUUAAUACCUGUUAACAUUGCUCUCAUUUAUCAAUUAGAAAAAAACGAGUGUUUAUCAAAUCCUUGUAAACACAGAGGGGUUUGUAAGGACGGAAUUGGUUCCUACACCUGUAAAUGUGCAAAUAACAGAGGGUUCACGGGAAAAAACUGCAACACAGGUAUAUCUUUAGAGUGGUAGGAGUUUUCUUUCCUGAUGUACUUGUGUCGUCAACAAAAUCAUUUGAUCUUUAUAACUUCAUUCAUGUAUCCAUAACUCAAAGCCAAAGCCACCAACUGGUGGAUGUUAACCCUAAUAAAGUCUGAGGAACUUAUUAUGAGUUUAUCAUGAGUAAUAAUUUGCGGAGAGUAUAUAGCAAGUUUGUCACAUGCAGCAAGACUUCCUCUGCUGUCUAAUGGCUCAGUGAUAAAGCAUCUACAAAAUAUAACGUACAUAUUGAAGUUUAUCGCUGUGACUCCUGUUGUCAAAGUUUCACAUUUGUCGCAGCUCAGUGUGGUUUUGAGUUAAACCAUUUGUUGAAUUACACGUACAAUCUCGAGACAAAAAGGAUCGAAAUUAUCGAGAGAACCGAAAAAUAAGCUCCAAAAUUGCAAGAAAUCACGAUCAUAUCAACCGUGGUCUAUCAUCAGAUAAGAAAUGUUUAGGGACGACUCAUUAUUUGUAACGGUGGGGAGGGGGGGGAGAUUAGAGGAUUUUGAUUGUGUCGCAACAGCAUUUACCUGAUUCCUCCCCCCUUAAGGCUCGGUAGUACUCUAGUGACUCCCUUUCAUUAGCUUUUCACUGAACCCCCCACCGUUCCCCUUUGAAAACCAUGUGAUCACCUCAAAAUCAUCCACCUCCUACCCCUUAAGAUAGGUUCUUCUGUCAACUCUAUCUUCCAUUAACUUUUUCACUUUUCUGUACCUGUAUUUAGACAUAAAUGAAUGCAUCAACAGUCCUUGCCACUCAGGAACAUGCCAAAACACGCGUGGGAGCUACAAAUGCACAUGUCCACCAGAAUGGGAGGGAGGCCAUUGCCAGAGUAAGCCACAAAAUAAAGUAUUUUUUUUGCUUAGAUACUCAUGCACAACUUCGUGCAAUGUUACAGGUUCUUGCUAGUUCAGGUAGCCGUCAAUGCUUUUGAAAGCGCUGUUAUAAUCCAAUUUGCCGCGUCGAUCUGUUGACCACCUUUCAGCUGGGUCAAUUCAUAUUUGCUGGUUGUGGAUGAAAGCAUACCUUUGCUGCGAGUAUACAAUGGAAAGUAUUUAUAAAGUCAUUGACGAAUGCCGCUGUUUUCAAGUUAUUUUAUGACUUUUUCGGAAACUUGAGUGGCAAGAGUAAAAAUGCGUGGUUCACUUAAAGUUUCUGCUUUGGUUUUAGGCCUUUUUUUGUUUUUUUUUAUAGUUUAUCAGCCUUGUUUCAUAUAAAAUACAGGCUUAUAAGCGAGAUUCAACACGCUGGCGUCCGUAAUAUGAUUUUCUAUGUACAUUUGAAGACAACUGUCGAAUGUUGAACUUACUCUUAGAAAUUGGAAAAGGGACAUUUAGAUGGGCAUAGAAAGGAACUUGUAUAUAUGUGACUGCGGAAGGAAACUUGUCUUUCAACUGCUCCAUUAAGCCAUUUAUGCAUUAAUUUUGAUUUUGAUGUAGUAAGAAACUACUGCCACGGGCAUAAAUGUUUAAACGGAGCCACUUGCAAAAAUGGAGAAAAUAAUUACACCUGUCAGUGCGUCGAGGGGAGCUCUGGAAUGUACUGUGAAACUGGUUAGUAUAGCUAGGGCGUGUGUGUUGAAUAGUGUAUGAUGCAUGAAGUUUACCACAUAGCGAAAAUCACGAAAAAAAGUUUUUUUUUUUAAAAAAUAUGUUUAUUAUUUUCAUUGUAGUCAAUUGACUGGUGGAAAUAAGGAGUAUAAAAAAAGUUAUCAUAUUGUAUCGAACACGUCUUCCUAAAAAAUUUCAAAAAAUGAUAAGAAUGAUACAAGCACCAAUUGUAAUAAUUUAUUCAACUUUCCAAACCCCCCCACAACCUAAAUAAUAAUCUAAAUAAUACAAAUAACCAUGAAUUGUAAUGAUAUCCACCACAACUUCCCAACCACCCCAAGGAAACAUGAAAUGGUCCUUCCCUAUCCAGAUUGAUUCAUAAUGACAGUUAUCGAGAUUUUUGUUCAGCAACCCUCAGAUUUUUUAAAUAAUUAUAUCUAAAUUUCCUUCGACAUGAAAUCUUAAUAAUCUAAUCAUCGAAUUAUCUUUGAGAACAGUCAAUUUUUAUAGCCUGGAGGUGGGGGGGUGAAGGAAUCCUUGGCGGGGGGAGGAUACAUGGUUUUCAGGGGGAAAGGAGGGGAUAUCAUUCGUCGCCAACAGAGUAUAAAGGGGGGAGGACAGAGUAAAAAGGGGGGGGGGGGAGGUUCAUAGUAAUACUGCGAAUCAAUUAUGAAGGGAUCAGGUAAGUUUUGUCGUGAGGGAACCAAUAUUCUCCCACCUCACCCCUCUUCUGGGUGACUAAUGGCGAUAGAUAAUGAUCGUAGGAGAUAAUUUAUUUUCUCCUGCCGUUCCCUAAUUCAGAUAUAGUGGACGAAUGCUCAAGCAACCCAUGCUCAAAAGGGACGUGUCAAGAUCUGAUUGGACAUUACAGCUGUGUCUGUCCCUUUGACCGACAGGGAGACGGAUGUACAAGUAAGACAUACUCCAGGAGAGUAAAGUACUAUCAACUGAGUGAUAACAUAAAUAUCAGUAAAGCAUCCAAACCAGUCGUUAAACACUUUCAUCUCCCUAAUCAUUCUAAGCAUCAUAUGGCAAUUUGCGGCCCUUCCCUACAUCUUGGCAGUUCGUAAAGCCGCAAACCUCUAGAACAAAAAUUUAUCUUCCAAAUCAACACUCCUAAUCCCCACGGUAUCAACGAACGCUUUUCAUUCAACUAAUUAAUUCUUGUUUUCUCGUCACCAUACUCUCACCAAUAGCGUAGCUUGAUUUUCUGCAUAUAAACACACACAACCCAAAAUUCCUCCACUGAAGAUGACAACUCCUCACGUUUCUCCAUACACUUUACGAUGGCCAGUUUACGUUAUCAACUGAGUAAUAAUACCAAAUUACCCUGUUAUACAAAAGGGUAUAUAAUAUAUAUAUAUAUAUAUAUAUAUAUAUUUCGUUCUACACUCAUGUGUAUUGAGCACUUUCCAAGCAUUUGCUACAAUUUCCCACAAUUAUAUAUAUAUACAUAUAUAGUUAAGUGUACUAUAUGGGCGUAACGAAGAGACCAACUCUUGACUGUUUGUAAUACAUAUUUGAAAAUGGGAGGACCUGUGCGGAAUUGACGUCUUGACAGAAAGUGAAACUGUUUAAAGUGAAAUAAAAAUUACAGAGUGAUAUUUGUUAGACCAUUCUAAAGCCCCUCAUAUUGCCUUGCUGUCAUUUGAUUUUAUGACGGUAAAGAGGAAUGGUGAUGGUGUUUAUGUUGAACGACUACGAUGGACUUCAUGUGACCACUUAACCUCUUUUCAAUUUCGGAAAAACUGUGUCUUGCUAACUUAAAGCACAAAAUUGGUUACAACACAAGGCUAGGUUGUUGAAAACCGACCAGUAUCAAUCUAGAAUUAGAAGUUGAGCUGGGUUUGUGUUUUGUACCAGGGUGGAGACCUCGUAAGUACUGUUUUCAGACAAAACUGAAGGUAAGAACUGCCCACAAAUGAACAUGGUGGCGCCAAAUUAUCUGUGCAAACCUGCUAAAAUGUAAAGAGAUGAAAGUACGUUUAUGCUUGCAUAGAUCCUGUCAACGACUGCUUCGACAACCCUAUUGGUGUUGCCAAUCCCAACGUGAUCUCUAAUCAGCAGAUGAGAGCGUCUUCGCACUUAGAUGAAUCUCAUCAGGCCUCUCAUGGUCGGCUAAACGGGACAGGUUGGUGUGCGGGAAAUGCUAGUUCCCAGGACUGGCUCCAGAUUGAUUUCAAUCGAACAAUCGAUGUUUGUGCUGUUGCAACGCAAGGAGGUGCAGACGGCUGGAUUACCAAAUUCAGCCUGUUAUUCUCAAAUAAUGGAACACAGUGGGUGCCUUACAAACAAGAAGAUGGCUCCAUCAUGGUAUGGUGAUUUAGUGACUCAGUGGAUUGCAAAGAGUGCUAGAAAAGAAAAAGUUAUGAUAAGUAUUAUUAUUCUGGUUGGCGACUGCAUAACUGGUUGUUUCAAUAGAAAGUUUGUGACAAGAGAUACUAUAAAAAGUCGCAAUAAUCUGCAAUAACCGUAAGUAAUGAAUGAUCCUACCAGCAUGCAGGACUCAUGGCACACAAGAACCUCGCUAUGACCUGAAUUACCGUCAGAGUUUCCAUUUACAUUACUUGGUUAAGAGGGUAUGACCAAAUCCUUCUAUGAGAGCCAUUUUAAUGAACACUGAUUUGCCGUGAUGACGUACCUUCGUGUUGCAGUCAAUUCAACUUCACUGUCUGAAUACAUUCAUACAUACAUAACCUCUCUUUCCUCUAAAAUUUUACAGUAUCGCGAUAAAAAUUAGCUAAUACCUUUUAGGAAUGAAAACAUUAAUCAAAUCAAAACAAUGAUCGUUUAUAAAAAUAUUAAAGAGUAAUCACUCAUCACUUUUACUUGAUCUUUCCUUUUAUUCCGAAGCAAUUUGACAGGUCGGGCAAAAAUAUUACAGUUGACCAACACAAGCUUCCAAAGACAGUGUCUACGAGGCAUGUUCGCUUUAUUCCAAGUUUACAGCAUGUCUGCAAUUGCCUAAAAGUGGAGGUUUAUGGAUUCGAUGGUAAGCAUGUCAUCUUCUUGACAUUUUCAAUGACGUAGAAGUACUAGUUUUAGUAGUAGUGGUAGUGUUAAUAGUAAUAGUAGUGGUAGUGGUAGUAGUAGUAGUAGUAGUAGUAGUAGUAGUAGUAGUAGUAGGAGGUUUAUGGAUUCGAUGGUGCUAGUAGUUGCAUUAGUAGUAGUUGUAGCAUGUCAUCUUCUUCAGAUGCAUUUUUCAAUGUUCAAUCAGGUUUGAGACAAAGUCGACAAUACACAAUAAAACAUCCUUAAAAUCUGAUUGCUUUAUUGUUUACUAUUAUUGCUGUGCAUUUCAAUACUGACCUGGUAAUUUCGGAAGAAUUUCCUUUGGAGAUUCUAUAGCCCAACUUGUGACACAUUUCAGAGAAUAGAACAGCCAUAGCCAAAUCUAUUGGCUACAAUAACCUUUUGUUUUAUAGAAUCUCGGAAAGUUUUAGAGAAGUAUUCUAUCGAUUUAAAAUUUUGAAAAGUUUAGCACUCAGAUACGAGGCCGUUUAUGGCACCUCUCCGUUUAGUGAUUGAUAAAUAAGGUAAACUGGUUAUUUGAAAAAGCAAAUGAUAAAUUAAUUGUUAAAGUUUUAUGCUUCGAAUACUGCAUUUUUAGUGUUCAAAUUGGUCUGCUCAACUGCGGCUAUCAAGUCAUAUCCAGGGUCAUCUUAUAUGGAUUUGUAUUGCGCCAACUGUCGAGGAGCUGAAAAAGGCUCCAAAUAUUGAAACAUUAAGGAUUGAAUGAAAUUUAAUGAAAACAUUAUUCUGACCGCGCCUGUUGGAGAUAAGAUUGGUUAAAGCCAACUCGGCGCUAGACGCUUUGUUGGCUAUUUACUAUCUCAUAUCCAACGCACGCCCAUGGAAUAAUUGUUUCUUAAUCCAUAGACCCUGCUAUAACGCACAUGCAUGGAAUAAUUGUUAUUUAAUCCAUAGACCCCUGCUAUAAUCAUGAUGUGCUAAAUCAGGCGAGAAGGAAGAAAACCUUCAAGGGUCAAGGCGGCCAUUGUGACCGAAGUAAUUUAACAUCCGAAAAAACAUGGUUCCGUUUUAUCGAACCAGCUGGUACUCAAAUGCCAACAGCCUGUGUUCCUCAAUCUCACUGCAAUACUAAUAGACCCGGAUGGCUGGAUGGACAUCACCCUAAUGUGACACAAGGUGUAGUAAACAUGAGGGUGUGCUUUACUUCUGAGAACGACUGUUGUGGUGAUCGGAAAUAUAUAUCGGUCAAGAAUUGUGGCGACUUUUUUUCAUAUGGACUGGUAAAACCAAAUAGUUGUGGACGAUAUUGUGGAGAAUAAACAUUCGCUGUGCUUUAGCAGCGAAAGAAAGAAAGCGAGACAGGGGAAGGGUGGCAAAAAUGUACUGUGAAGGGGAAGCAUCCUCCCAAAAAGAGGGUCUCAAUGGGGUGAUGGCUUUUUCUGCUAACGGUUGAACUUUACGCCAUUUUACCGCUAAUAGAUCACUUGAAACGGUUCACUUUUCUUACAAUUAACGGUUAGCAUUCAUUUGUAUGCCAAGCGGCUUAAUUUCUCCAGUUUACGGCUUACGUUUAAUCCCACUGAGACCGUCUUAAAACGUAUUGCUCCACCUUCCUCAUCAAAAAAUCUUUCGCACAAUUAUGACACUGCACGUGUUUUAAGCUUCGCAAAAACUUGUUAACUUGAUAAAAUUUACUUUCUAAACUUUGAAGUGGCAAAAAAUUUAGUAUUGUUCGCCGACAUUUUGAACCUUGCUUAGCAACAUGACCGCCUACCAAUAAUACUUUCUUGUAACAGGGUCUCACGUUUUAUUUCCUUCUAUGAAAGACCUUUAGACAAGCAAACAAACAAACAAAUGAAUGAAUCAGUCGAUUUACUAAUGUAGUUCAUGUCCUGAUAUUUACAACCAAAUAAUAAUUUAAUUGUUUUCAAAUUGGUGGCUUCGGGGUGUCGAACUUUGGUGCUUUUGAAGACAAAUUUCGAAAGGGUAUGUUAUAUGCAAUACAUUUACGACAGCUUAUAGGUAGAUUUUAUCACAUAAUUCUAAACACAAAAACAGUUCGAUAUAAAUCAAGCUUUCUUGAAAAGAGUUACCCUUAUGACGUUUAGAUCGAUACUUUUGAUGUAAAACGUUUUGACUCUUCUUGGGUUAAUAAAGCACUUCGUAGCGUUAGAUUCAUUCUUUCAAUUGCACUUGGUUAGCUCAUGUUGUAGAGCGCUGGACUCCCGUGCGGGAGAUUGAGGGUUCAAGCCCCAGACCGGACUAACACUCAUGGUCUUGAAAUAACUGAGGAGAACUUGUAGUCUUUGUUAGAACCAUUGAUAAAUGGUAAGACACUCUAACCUUCUCAGAGAGGACGGUAAACCUUUGACCGUCCCUAAGGACGAUAAACCUUUGGCCCCGUUCCCUUGACCGUAAUCCUUUGAACUUGUUAAAGGGUGCACUUCUCUCAGAGAGAAGGAGACGUAGCUCUUAGUGUCAGCUCCCAUUCCUGUUUAAACUAGCUCUAAAGCACAACAGAGCCAGCCUGUUUAAAUGUCGCUAUGAAUAACGAAUUAAAUUGAUCAUUCCACGGCGGACGUUAGGGCCUCUGUUCAAUGUUGGAGAGAGAAAUUUCUCAAACAAAGAAACUUAAUUCAUUACAAUUCUAUGAAAAUGUGUUAAUAAGCAUAAACAAUUCUUCGGUUUUAACUUCACUGCUCUAUUUCCUAUUUCCUAUAGCUCACGGAAUUCCUUGCUACAAGUUACAAAAUGUAUUCAGCUAGUUCACUGAAAAAAUAUGGAGACUUCACCUGAACAUUUUUCAUACAAGCGCGAUGAUAACGGACCUUCUCGUGGACCUUUACCUGCAUAUCCAAACUCACCAAUUUGUACCAAAUAAUUCUCAAAAUGCACGCGUUAAACGGGCUAAAAAAGCAUAUCAAUGCACAGUUUAUACACCAAUGAGGUCACCGUUCGCCUCAAACUCGCACUUAUAUCUCUAAAUUUCAUCCACCAACAUCUUAAAAACAACGCAAAUCCAUGCGUUUGCUCAAUUGCACUCGUUUCAAAGAUUAUUUACAAAUUCUGAAAAUUGGCCGAGAUCUCCUUUUGACCGUUCAAACUUCUUUUUUUAUCUUCUGCAUUGAGGAUUUUAGGUUUUCAUAACAAUCGAAUGGAGAAUAAAUGCCGAGUUGUCCUAAAACGUUGCAUAAACGUGGUUGGUCGUAACACUUGCGCGCUUACGUGACUUACAAAGUAAACAAAGGGUCGGAAGCGCCUUCUUGGUAAUUUUCGUUGAAAUGUCACGUCAUGAGCAAUACACAGUGUGGAAAAAGAUCAAAACUAAAGAAUAAAAUUUGGCACUCUGGUUAUUACAGACGUAUUGCAUGGCUUUAAAUAACACACAAACAAGUUAAAAUACGUCUCAGUGUUAUUUACAGAACAACACGCAACACUCUGAAAGAAUUCUUGCAGUUUCUCCCGAGAUUUAGCGCACGCAACGCGAUGAAAUAGCCUUCCUUUCUGCAAAUUUUCUUCCAUCGUUAAUGAUUUAACGCUGAAUGGACCACAACGCUUAUGAACGACAAACUCGACGUUUCCCUACGACCAUCAAACCCAGCUUGACGAGUGACGUGUUAUGCUAAUUUUUCCUUGUCACAUGAUCUGUUUCGCGGGUGAUUUUAAGUGAAACCAAAAUUAGUUGAUAUAACGAAUUAGAAUCGAAGGUUAUCAUCUUUUAUAAUGUUUACUUGAUUCGCGGAAAGGAAAGAUUGUAAUCGCUGCGGGUAUUUCAGCCCUGACUUCUUUCCUGGACUGCCGGAAUGACGUAUGGAGUCAUUUGAACUAUAACCAGCUAUUCAGCGAAAUCCUCAAGUACGAGUUAAUUUAGUUUCGUUCUGAUCAUUCUAGCCUCGAAAUGGAAAUUGGUAUGGUCUAAUUAAACAUCGGAACUCUUUGGUCUUAUUUCAACUACUAGCUCAGUAGUGUUCAUAGCUGCGAGGAUCUCUUAUAUUCGUUUCUUCACCGCAGCGCAUAUAUAUGAUUUUCAUAUAUCUACAAUCAUUAUUCUUUGGGAAACAUUGGAAAUGCGGUGAAAGUACUUUUUGACACCGAGUCACGUGGGAAAAUGUAAAACAGUGAAGAGGGACAGAGUGUUUAACGCCAUUUGUCGUAAAAGCUGGCAGCAGAUUGUUAUUGAACUGAACUUAAUUUACCAUGAAGGUAUUAACUUUCUUUUGUUGUGAACCACGUGUCCUAAGCCCUUUUCGUGGGCAAAAAAAAAAACUUCUUUUCGACGGGAAGUCGAGAGAACUACUUUGGUUCCAAUUCCCAACGGAUUAAGCAAUUUCAAUCAACGUCUUAACAACAACAACAACAGCAUUUAUUUAAACACGAUAAAAAUUACAGCGGAGCUGAUGUGGUCGUGUAUUUUGAAGUUAAAACAAAGUUUACAAGUGAAUAACAAGCUUUAAAACUAAUUGAAAUUUAAAAAAAGAUCCAACCUAUUUUUAAAAAAAAUUAUAUAUUUGUAAACUAAUCUAUUCGCAUGAAGUUCUGCGUUUAAGAAAAUUUUUAAAUAAGCUUUUGCUUGAGAGUGCACGGGCACGGUUGUCACGAGAAUUCCAAAGAGAUACGACUUUGUAACAAGUGGACUUGCGAAGAAUUUCAGUAUUUGGUUUUGGUCACAAAAGGUAAUCCAUAUUUCGGAAAUAGCUUCAUAAUAGGAACGGGGAAGAAGUUAUAAAAACAGUCGUGUGCUAACAUAAAUAAUCUAUAUUCGCAUAAACCUUUAACAGUGGGCCACUUGCUUAGGACUAAGACCUAAUCGCUGGGUUUGUACCAAUCCAGGCCAUAGAUGAUCUUUGAGGCACGUACGUGUAUCCUCUUCAGCUCAUCAAAGAGCGAUUUCCCUCAGGAAUACAACCAACCCAUAGGUAACAGAUAGUAAAAUUACUUGAUAAGAAGUACAAAUAUCUAAGAAGAUUCAAUUUUUAUGAAAAGGACUAAUAAACUCUUUUACGUGAACGUUCCAAUUAAGAUCACUGUUAAUUUCGUUGCCUAAACACCUGGUUGACUUGACCGGAUGUACACUCAUCAUGUACUCGGUUCUACCGGGGGGGGGUGAGGCGGUUAAGGCAGCACCAGUCAUACAACUUCUGAAGGAUGACGUUCAAGGCAAAAACAACCAUAUCGGGAGAAGACGCAGUCACGUAAAUCUUCAUGCUUAAUGUUGUCAGCAUAGAUAUGAAUUUCUCCAUCACAAUCCUCAACUAUAUCAGGCAGACCGUUGCAAAACAACGAAAACAGGGUAUGUCCCAAAACAGAUCCCUGUGGCACGCCAAACUUCACAGGUAAAGUUUCGGACUGAAAACCGACCAAAACCGACCGAAGCUCGAGAGCGGUCAUCUAAAUAAUCUUCAAUCUAGCACCAUAGAUCGUCAGCAAAACCUACUGCUUGCGACUUAUUCAGCAGGACAUGAUAAGAGAGAUAGAAUCGAAUGCCUUGCGGACGUCAUCAAAGACGAUGCCAACCACUAGAUUUUUAUCCAGUGGACUUCUCCAGUUCUCGAUCAUUUUUACCAACAACAAUUCGGUUGGGUGACUUUUUUUAGGCCCACUGGUGAGAAUGGCUAAGAUUAUGUUCCGAAAUAUGAGUUGUUAUUGUGGUGGCAACAGUCUGUUCAAUCAAUUUUCCUGAGACGCAUAGUAGGGAAAUUGGUCCGUAGCUCUGUUUGUCAGUUUCAUCAUCCUUCUUGAACAGUGCCGAGACUUUAGCUUCUCAAUCAGCAAAUUUUAUUCACGAGCAAACUUUGAGCAGCGAAGCUAAAACUUUUUAAUGGGAGAAUAGAGUUUUGAUCAGAGACCGUUUUGUGGAAGUACUAUAUAUUUAUUGAAUUUAUUAAAAUUUAAUGCGCCGAUUUACGAGUCUUUUUUUGCCCAAGAUCAUAGUCUCGAAUAUAUUUCUUUUAUUCCCCUUUUUCAUGUCAAGUACUCAGAUGCGAAAAGCCUGUAUCAGUAAACGCCGUUGUAACAUCAUAUCACCCCGCUGACUAAAUGGACAUCAUCCAAAUGAGUCACAUUGUGUUGGUAACAUGAUAGUGUGCUUUAGAAGCUACGAAGACUGGAAUGUAUUGAGUUACCAUGGAGGAUGGGAGGGAAUAAAUAAGAACUAUAUAUACCAUGAGAAACACUACACAAAAAUACUCAUAAAAAAAAAACAACAACAACAAAACAAAACCAAACAAAGCAAAACAUCCACAAAUUACUAAAAAUCCAAAUGCUACCUGCACACCGUGACAUGGCUGGAAAACAAGGUCUUUUUGACAUUAUAGAAUUACAUAACAAAAGAUAUCACCUUGUUCUAUUUCCUUAAAUCCUGAACUAAAAAAGGUAAACGAUAAAAUACCAAGUAAAUUAUUUACAGACUUGUAACAACAAAUGAUGACGAUGAAGAUUGUUGAAUAAUUCCCUCGACUUCAACUCCGGGAUUAUUCAACAAAAUUCAUUGAGACUGAAGCGAAUGAUAUUGCUGAUAAAUAAUAGAUGGACAUAGAUGAUUUGGCACUACAAACUAUUUCCAUGUGUUACUGAGAGGAGACACCGAUAAGUGGGGACGCUAACAUGUUGUUAUGAAGGUGUCUCCGACAUACCUUUAUAAGAUUUAACAGCCCUGCAGGGAGGGAGGGGUGGAAACUCGAAAUUAAAAUAUGUUUUCUCUCCUAUUCCUGGUAAGUCAAGGAUUUUCUUUUCUUCCUACGUGAAAAAGAAGCAUUUGUUUAGACCGGCUAACAGUAUGGGCUACUGACUAUGAGAUUAUAGCAUGUCUCCCUGGAACAAGGUCAAAAAUUGAUUACAAUAAUGACUCCUUUGUAUACUAUUCUCAACACGAAAGGCGUGAGAAAGCUUAUAUAUGUCGUUCAAUGUAGGAAAAGAAAUCUCAGACAUCUUUAUGCAUCUUUUUUCUUUGCUUAACAAAAACAUUUUCGUAUUAAAAAUUAAGGAGUGCUUUCAUAGUCAUUAAGCGUUGGUGCCUCCAUGUCAACACCAAAUCUCAGAUUUAUUCAUCCACGGUUGGGAGAUGAACGUUUUUGAAAGAUGAUACAACCACCAAAAAAUGCAGUUUUCCUUGGAAUGAGCGAAUGCAAUUUCUGUACAGGCGAGAUGUCUAGAAUGAAACUUUUUUGUAUCUGUUUUUCCUAAUAGGAAGUUGCUUUCACAGCCGUGCGACUGCAAACCAAGGUAGGUAAAGUUCGGCAUUUCCUAAAGGUAGAUAAUAAUUACAAUAAAAAAAGAUUGUUCUAUUGUUUUUACAUUUGAGGUUUAAAAAAUUACUGUAAGUUAAUAAUGGUCGACCCCAGUUUUUCCGAAGUCUCAGUCAUAAAACUUCAUAAGCUAUUUUCAUCUAUUUCAACAAGAAAAUCUCUAAUUUGAAAAGCCUAGCUGGCAAUAUAGUAAUAACCAAAGCUCACACAAAAGGUAAAAGAAGGAGACUGUAAGGAGUAUAUGUUUUAAUUUUUUUUCAACUCUUUUCACUCUCACUAUUUGAAAUCUCUCAAAACUUUUAUCUUUAAGGGAAAUGGAAACUUCAGGCGUUUAAUUAAUAAAAAUAUUUGCUUAAUCAAAUAAUCUGGAAAUCUUCGUGUCCUCUUGAUGUUUCAACAAGAAGGGAACUAUUGACUAGGACAAGUUUUAAUGAGCUUGCAUUAACGCUUCAGUAGCUAAAGCUGGUUUAUGUCGAGGUUGUAAAGCUAAUCGAAAAGACAUUUUAAAAUUUUCAUUAAUCUGUUGACGUGUCAAGUUUCAAGAACCAAGCAAUGGCUUUGCUUUGGUGGGUCAUGUCUUUGCGAAUAUUAACUUAAUCAUUGGACCACACAUGAAUAAUCACUGCAAAAAUCGAUGUAUUAUGGAACAAAGGUGUCGAUCGAUCAACAUAGGCCAAGCAAGGAAUGACAAAGUCCUGUGUCAGCUGAGUGACUCGGAUUAAUGAAAACAUCCGAAAUAUCUGAAACCUAUGGAUUACUUUCUAUACUUGAGUAUCGAGGUAAGAAGUCUUACCCCUCGUUCCCAAGGGAAAAACAAAUGUCAAUUUUAGGAUACUUUACAAUUUGACACCAGAUUCAUAUUUUUAAGAUUGACAAGAACUUAUAUUAGUCAGUACAAAAAGAAAUUGCAAGAAAAAAUAAGGCUGAAAGAUGUAACACCCCGCAUAUACCCCUCCCCCGCGUAGAUGUGUUUUCAUGAGCUUUAAUGUUGUGUGCAUAUUCUUUCAGUAAUUGUUUCACUCUUUGGACGGAGAAUUAAUAGACGUCUCAUGUGCACGCGAUAAAAUUGCAAGUUUCGAUGGUAAACAAAGCGGUACUAUUGGACGGAUUCAUUAUACUCGAUUAAAAAGCUGAUAUGAUCAUGACCCUGGCUGGAUAACAAAUGCGAAAAAUAAAAAAAACUAUAAAAUGAUAAGUUUUGACAAAUCUUAAGACUUAUGAAGGUAGAAUGAAAACUGUGAGUAUGCAAAGUUCCAUCUUACAACUUACAUAAUGUUUCUUAUAGAAACUAAGAUAGGAAAAACCAAAAAAUGUAAAAGGAAAAAAAAAACAGACAUACCGCAAGUUUAGCUACAAUGAUAGGAAAUACCCGUGACUUGCAUCCUAAUACAUCAAUUAUGAUAUAUGACCAAUAGGUAAAUAUGUUGUUUUAAUCCUUAGAAAAAUUAUGAUAUGGCGAUAAAGUGCGAAGCAGGUAAGCUCACCAAUACAGCUUGACGACAUUUUUAAACUAGCCUCCUUCACCCAGUGUAUUUCGGAAUGUUAGAGGCUGGCACAGCUCAGGAGAAAAUCAGUUGCUCGCUGGUUUUCCAAAUCAGCAACAUUUUAAUCAGAUAUCAAUGCCUGAAAAAUACAGUUUUUCAUCUUAGACUGUUGUUAAUUAAAAAAAACGAUAACAGAUCUCUUGUUCCAGCCUGAACCUUUAACACAUGAAAACAUUUAUUUCUGUUUAGAAAUGGCUACAGAAAAUAUCUGUCAAGUUGAUCUCGCCCGUGGCGGCGGUGGUGGUGGAGGCGAAGGCGGAGGUGGUGGUGGUGGUGGUGGAGGUAAUGGUGGCGAUGGCGGUGACGAAGGUGGUGACAAAGGCAGUGGCAGUGGCCAAGUUGUAGGCGGUGGCAAUGAUUAUAUACUAGUAGCUUUUCCCUUAUUUAAUUAGAUUUCUACUGAAAGUACGCUCGGGUACAAUAUAGAGUUGUAACGCAUUAGUUUUAUUCUUAUUAUUGGGAAGACAAUCAGAUUUGCACCUACUGUAUUUAUAGUCACCUAAGGUUAGAGAAAGACAACUAUACCUUACCGCCAUCCUAUGGCCGUGAUUAUUUACUUGAUGGAAAACCCUGGUACCCCUUCUAAAUUAUGCAAGAACCUGGUACCCUUUCUUGCUUCUUGCUUCCGCUUUCGCUGCAGCGCCAUCUCAACCGGCUGGCCAAUUAACAUCACUCACAUGAGACAUAACGUGUUGUUAAUAUAAAAGUGAGUUUUACGAAAAAUGAAAAGCGCCGUUGCCACGUUCAGUUAAUUUCGGUUUAUAAUCACGGCUCAUUUUCCUAUGAAUUUAAUUACCUCCUGCAACCUCUGUUAUUGCACAUUCCUUAUUGGUAUUCAAGAAAACUUUGUGUUUGAAAGUUGGUUCUCAUGGUAGAUAUUACUAUGAGUUACCAUGCAUUUCAGUCAUUAUAAAGCGCUAUUGGAUAGCGAUAGAAAUAACGCUAUUUAAAUAAAUUAUUAUUAUUAUUAUCAUUAUCAUUACUAUUAUUACUAAAUGUCAACAAGACUCGUACACCUAAUCGUGUUUGCAGCUUGGCCAAAGAGCUUGUGACAUUUCUGCAGCAAUAUUUUGAUGAAAGCCUGAAUGUCAGUUUUCAGUCUUACGUCUCUUGAAUAGACUUUUUCGCGAUCACCCUGUGUCUAAACUGUUAAGUGGGCAGCAACUUUUUUAAAGACCGACUCAUAGCUUUGGCGCUCCUUAGCAACGUUGUCCUGGCUCUAAAGCGCAUUGUUAGGUCCAAGUUUAUCCCGUGAGGACUUCAUGAACUGGCGUGUGAAACCGCAAUGUGAAAGGGAUGGCAUUUUUAACUUAUCUUCUUUAUUUUAUGCAGAAUAUCUCGAAUUUAUACAUAAUUUUCAACCGUAAUGUUAAGAAAUUACAUGAAUUACGAUUCUAGCUCUUUUCUAUACAUGGCGUCAAUAAAGUACUUACUCCUUGCCUAAUCUGUUUACAAAACCGUAGUCAUUUUUUUUUAAGUCUGGAGAAAAUUCAGCAUCACUGGAGUACCAUAUUUGGAUAUUAGAUUUUCUUCAUUAUCGCGCUGGCGGGACUUUUUGGACAGAAUCCAAUUCUUAGCUUUUGAGGUUUCUAGUGCUCAGUCAUUAAUCGAACCAAUCUUACUGCUUACAAGAAUAGUAAUUAUUUCUAACCCCAAGUUAUAGACAAUAGGUGUUAGUACUACAUGACAAAUAUGUUGGUAAAAUAUAAAAAUUCUCUUAAUUGAAAUUUCCGCGCCUCUGAUAGUUAAACAACACAUAUAAGUCUUCGGUUUUGCAAACCUUUGGCAUAACAUUUCUCAUGAACCUUAUUUGUACUCAGAAACAAAAACUCAAAAAGGAUGAUUUUUGUCGUACGCCACAAACCUGACUUAAUUUCAUUUAUUUAAUUCUGCAAGAUAAUGACGUUCCCUAACCAAGAUGCUAGUGUCAUAAAUUAUGCAGGAUGUGGUUUUUGGUCUAAUCCCCUUGUUAUGGAAUGUGAUUUGCACUGGCGCUGCUGAAACGCAACGGUUUUUUUAAUGAUUGUCUUAGAAACGACUCAGUGAAAGUAUUCUCCAUUGAUACUUUUCCCAUCGUUUGCUGCGAAAAUGUAUGUAAUAUUCGACUGAAGAUAUUUCAUUGAGGCUGCGCGGGAGAAAUGAGACCACGGGUGAUGGUCUUCCAAUCAAAUAAACUGAGGAGCUGAGAUAUUUCUGAAUCAUGAGCAAGGUAAGGGAAAACAAAAACAAAAAAAAAAUUGAUUUUUUUUGUUUGUUAAUAAGCGAAAAAUUCGAUGCUUCUGGCUCCUUUGGUCACACACAUUCACACACACACACACACACACACACACACACACGCACACGCACGCGCGCGCGCACGUACACACACACACGCACACCACCACACACGCACACACGCACAUACUUCUAAAUUGAAAAUAGGUCGUCAUUAUUGGUUGUUUUUCUUAAUUUUCCUACUCCCUGUUCUAUUCGUUUGGUGUAAUCUUACAUUUUUUUUCCGUAAUGAUGGCUGGUCGAAGCCAGAUUUUAGUCUGAUAAUGCCGCUCUACAGAUAUUCUUAACGGUUACCUCAAGCUUUGUACUUUUCACUUCAUUUGCAGUUCGACCCCUUUGAGAUUUUAAGUAACUUAAACCGUUAUGUUGCGUAAUAUCAACGUAUGGGGAAAUUUUUAUUGCUUUUAUGAAGUAAAAGGUUGCACCGUCCUUUUCCUAGCUGAGAAUAAGUUUGGAUGAGAAAGUGGAAUUAUUUGUCAUUUAAACUUAGAACAAUAAAACCAUGAGCCAUUCGCGCGGAGGAAUUCAUUCCAAUUGAAUCUGUUAAUCCUUGAAUCUAUCGAAAGACCCUACAAUAUGAAAAAAGAUUUUAAAACUUGGAACAGUGCAAAUUCGUUUUUCAGGCGUCAAUAAAGGUUAAAUUUUCCGUAGGAAGGGUAAUUGGAUUCCGAUAAAAUUCAACUUUAUCGCGCGAUGAAUGGGAAACUUGCUAGGUCGCCCGUGAUCGGCUAUCACGCACGUUGUUUCAAUGGACGACAAAGGCUGCAAGAAUUAAGGAAGUAAAUUUUUAAGACAAUUAGUUUUAUUUUCGUGAAAAUAUCAUUGAGUAUUCCUUUGCAAUACUUCUACGACACAUAGCUCUGUGAAUCAGUACAGUAAACCUUGAUUUUGCGAAAUCGUACGAGACACUUUCAGAGAUGGCUGCUAGUGUCUGAGAACAAGUGUGGAUUGUCUAAUCUUUCUGAUUACAUUGCAGGUUUGUAAAUUUCUAGAUGUCACUUCUGUAUCGCCAACCCCGUUAAGAAAGUACUUUGCAACUGUUGCAGCCAUUCUCGUCUUUUUCGGAAACAACGUGCGUGACAGCCAAUCGCGCGAUAUUUUUUCAUUUAUAAUUUCCAUUUAUCGCGCCACAUUUUGAUUUUAUCGCGCGAUAUAUCUCAUUUAUCAUCUUUGUCAAUGAUUACUACUCAUCAUUGAGAUAAUGCUGUCAAGGGUUGCAGGUCAACUUUGCACAUUAUCAAUACCACCUGCUGUUGCAGUUGGUGAAAAAUCUGAAGUGAUAUGUUUCUUACCUCUGAGAAUCAUAAAUAACAAUUUUGUAGUUUUGUGAAUUCUAAUAAAGAUUUUUCAAUCAUGCAGAUAAAGAAAAAAACAAGAGCAAGGGCUCAAGUAUCCGUAUUUACUACUUUUGGUCCCAAUUCCCAAUGGAUGAAAGCAAAUCAACGUCUUACUCAGCAAAUUUCGUUUAUAAGCAAAUUCUAGGUAGCGAAGUCAAAACUUUUUUGGGGGGAGAACAAAAUUCUGAUUUCAGAAACCGUUUUUUGGAAGUAUGAGGCACAAGAAGUUGUUAACAUGAGGUGUGCUUCGAAAAAUAUAAAGACUUCUGCUAUGAGCACCAGUUUAUUUCGUUUAAGAAUUGCGGCUUAUUUUAUAGCUACGGCCUUUUGAAACCACGGGUUGGUCCUCUUCGUUAUUAUGGAAUGUAUUAAAUUACCUUUAAGGGUAGGGUGGGCUGGGGGGGAUGAGUGUACACAGAACUGAUAUCCAUAAGAAACACUAUGUCAAAAUACUCAUAAAAAGAACAAAACAAAACAAAGCAAAAGACCCGCAAACAUAUUAAAAUCAAAAUUCCACCUGCAUACUGCACUACUCAAAAAAGGUCUGUUUGGCAUUAUAUGAUUAUGUAAAAAAAGAUUUCAUUUUGUUUUAUUUCCUUGAAUCCUGAACUAAAAAUGGGAGAAAAGAUAGAAAAUGCGUAGAAAAAGAUUGACUUAUUUACAGACUCGUAAAGUCUCUAUACAACGAACAGAAUUAAACAAAAAAAAAACCCAAAAAGCAAAACAGAAUAAAAAAAAAAAGAAGCGAAUAAAACAAUAAAGUAUUGAACUAUUCCAACCAGCACGUUAUCCGGAGUACUCAGGAAAACAGUACCCAAAGGAAGUUACAUAAUUCUAUAAAACAUUUAUCAGCUAAUUUUAUUUUCUCUUAUUCGGAACUAAAAAAGGGAAAAAGAUAAAAUAACGAGUCACUUAUUCAACAGACUCGUAACAACAAAUGAUGAAGAUUUUUGAAUAAUCUCCUCGACUUCAACUCGAGGAUUAUUCAACGCAUUUCACUGAGACUGAGACUUGUAAUUGUUAAAUAAUAGAUGGGCAUAAAUCAUUUGGCAUUACAAGCUAUUUUAACGUGUGCCUGAAAUUUAUUUAGAUAACGAUAAAUGUAAACGCUCACACAUUGUUAUGAGGGUGUAUCACGACAUACCUUUAUAAGAUUCAACAGCCCUGUAGGGGUAAAAAUUCGAAAUGAAAAGAUGAUUUCUCCCAUAUUCCUGGUAAGUCCAGGAUUAUAUUUUUCCCACGUGAAAAAAAGCAUUUGCUUAGACUGUCUCACUAAAACAAGAUCAAAAUUGAUCCAAGUAACAACUCCUCUGUUUACUAUUCUGAACACAAAAGGCGUGAGAAAGCUUAAAUGUGUCAUGCCAUUCCGGAAAAAAAACGUAACACAUCUUUAUUCAUCUUUUUUUCUCUGCUUAACAAAAACAUUUACAUCAUUAAAAAUUAAGGAAUACUUCCUUGGUCAUAAAGCAUUGGUGCUACCAUUUCGACACAGAGUCUUACAUGUAUUCAUGCACUGUUGGGUGAUGAACUUUUGUCAGAGAUGAUACAGCCAUUAAAAACGUGGUAUGAGCGAAUGGAGCUUCUGUACAGGCGAAAUGUCUAGAAUGAAGCUUUUUCUGUAUCUGUUUGCCCUAUUAGGAGGUUACUCUCACAACCGUGCGACUGCAAACCAAGGUAGGUACAGUUCAGUAUUUCUGAAAGGUAAAUAAUAAUUAUAAUAAAAUACAUUGUUUGAUUGUUUUUACAUUUGAGGUUUCAAAAAUUGCUGUAAGGUAAUAGUAGUCGACCUCGGUUUUUCCGAAGUCUCAGUCAUAAAACUUCACAAGCUAUAUUCCUGUGUUACUCUCAAAAUACAAAUCACACAGUUUCUCGUUGUCUUUGGUUUAUUUUUUUGUUUUUUUUUCCCUGAGAGGCUUGAUUUCAUCAUCAUUAACAGAAAAAUCUUUCAUGUGAAAAGCCUAGCUGGCAGGAUCGUGAUAACCAAACCUCACACAAUGGUUAAAAAAAAUUUUUUUAAACAUUUUUGUUAAACAAAGUCUAGCCUCUGAGUUGUAUUCUAUUCCAAUACAGGCGUGCACAAAAGGUAAAAGAAAGAGACUCUGUAAGGAGUUUAUAUUUAAUUUUUUUUUUUCGCUUUUCACUCUCAAUAUUUUGAUUUUUUUGAAACCUUUAUCUUUUAAGGGAAAUAAAAAACUUCAGGCGUAUAAUAGAAGAAAACGUUUACUUAAAAAAGUAAUUUGGAAAUAUUCGUGUCCUCUUGGUGUUUUCAACAGGAAGCCUGGGACAGAUUCUCUUCGAGCUUUCAUCUACGCUUCAGUAACUAAAGCUGGGUUAUGUCGGGGUUGUAAAGCUUAUUGAAAGGACCUGUUUUAAAAUUUUCAGAAAUCUGCAGACGUGUUAAGUUUUCAGAACCAAGCCGUGGCUUUGCUUUGGUGGGUCAUGUCUUUGCCAAUAUUACGUUAUUUAUUGGACCACACAUAAAUAACCACUGCAGAAAUCGAUGUAUCAUGGAGCAGAAAUGUCGAUCAAUCAACAUAGGUCAAGUAAGGAAAGACAAAGUCCUGUGUCAGCUGAGUGACUCGGACCAAUUAAAACAUCCGAACGAUAUAAAACCUAUGGAUGACUUUCUAUACUUGGGUAUUGAGGUAAGAAGUCUUACCCAGUCGCUCACAAAUGUAAAACAAACGUCGACUUCAGAAUAUUGUAGGAUUCAACAUCAAAUUCGUAUUUUUAAAAAAACGACGUGAAACAUAUGUCAAAACGUGCAAAGAGAUGAUGUUUAGAAAUUGGAGAGGCAAACCAAAACAAAAUAAAGCUGAAAGACUAAAUACCUAACAUACAUUACUCCCCCGCGUAGAUGUUUUUCCUGAGGAUUAACGUUAGUUGAAUAUUCCUUCGGAAAUUAUUUGAAUCUUUUGUUGUUUACUUAAUAGACGCCUCCUGUGCACGUGAUAGAAAUGGAUUCAAUAUCAAAUUCGUAUUUUUAAAAAAAACGACGUGAAACAUAUGUCAAAACGUGCAAAGAGAUGAUGUUUAGAAAUUGGAGAGGCAAACCAAAACAAAAUAAAGCUGAAAGACUAAAUACCUAACAUACAUUACUCCCCCGCGUAGAUGUUUUUCCUGAGGAUUAACGUUAGUUGAAUAGUCCUUCGGAAAUUAUUUGAAUCUUUUGAUGGAUAAUUAAUAGACGCCUCCUGUGCACGUGAUAGAAAUACAAGUCUCGAUUGGAAACGAUCCAAACAGUUAGUUUAGAGGCAUUUGUUAUACUCAAUAAAUAUAUAUAUAGAAUAACACAUGGGCGCACAUAGAUAUGGAAUUUCUCUUCGGGUGUUUAUCUCGGUAGAAUAAACACUAUAACUAUACAAAGUUCCGUCUCACAACUUACGUCAUAUUUCUCAUGGAAAUUAACAAAGAAAAAAAAUUUUAAAAAAGGAAAACAUACGAUGCAAAUGUAGCUAAGGCCCUGUUCAAACGUCGAACUUUUCAUGUACCGAACCUAAAGUUGCUAUUAAGUAAAUGAAAAGUACGACGUACGAAUCAAUUAGGAUCGGCAGAUUUGUAUUCGGGUCGACAGUACCGUUCUAUCCGACCAGGCUUGUCGGAUAAAACGGUAAAAGAUCGACAUUGUUUCAUACGUCGAACUUUUCAUGUACUGAAUCUAAUGCAUACAUUAUAUAUAUAUUUUUUUUUGUACGUGUAACUUCUCGUUUAUUACUUCUGUAACUCAGUAGAAUGCCAAUAAAAUUUACAAAAAAAAAAAAAAAAAAAAAAUAUAUAUAUAUAUUAAAUAAAUUAUAUUUUACCCACAAUUCAGAACGUUUCGCAUACAUGCCAUGCGCAAAAGCGUUCGAACAAUAUGGCGGGAAAGGGAGGAAAGUAUGUGCUCAUCUUGUUUUAAAACAACAAAGUAUACAUGUCUAACGUGUAAGGAGUACUUUUGCACUAUAUGCUGUGUCUGGAGAAAGAGAUGAUUUCAGGCGAUCAAACUAAUGAUCAAUCAAACAGCAAACGUCGAAAUACAUCAACCACGGAGGUAAAACCGAAAAGGUAAGCUUUAGUAAGAACCGUUACGACCGUGCAGCACAAGCUGGAUUGAAAGAUUACGGAAGCGAAUCCGUUCGACCAACAGAAAAGAAAGUGUGGGGAAUAAUUGUUUCAUGCUCACUUCAUGUGUAUAAUAUUUUUUAAUGCUAUCAAUUGAGGGUAAAUUGUGUGAAUCCCUGGCCUUCACUAUACCGUAGAUUAUCAUAUCUUUCACUGUUGUUCAGAUUGUGUCUUUUACACAAAAAAGGGCCGCGUUGUUUGAAGCACGAUUAGUUCAUAUUUUUGCUCAGCCAGUUUUGAUUUUGACUGAUUUCAGACUCCACGAAAUGUUAUUUAAAAAUAUAUUUAACCUGUAAUCGACUAAAAAUCCCCAGUUUAUGUUUCAGUCAAUUAUGUUUCAAGCACCCAAUCUCAAACUCCACGAAACAUUAAUAAGAGAAACACUUUUAUACAAAAUAUAUUUGACCUGUAAUCGACUUUAUGUUGCAAGUAUCCAUGCACCUCUCCGGGCGUUCGACUUGAGAAUAAUUUUAGUCGAAUUCCCAAGAUGUGUGUAGUUUACACAGUCCAAUGCUUCAUUGCUGAGGGCUUCACAGAAAGUUAAAUUUCACCAUCAUUUUCAGAUUUAAAAGACAAAAGUGUUGCAAAAGGGUUGGGAAAGGGAGAGGGGCGUUCUUUGAAUUGACUGAUACAUUAUUGUUAAUCGGUUUUUGAAAUACCUGGCCCUAGGCUUUAAACAUGUGUUGACUCUGUACUCUCCUCUUCCUCUGUGAAAAUAGUGUUCAUUAAGUACAAAGCUUUGCCUUAGUAUGGUCUUUAUGUUUGUAUACUGUAGGAGGAGAAUUGAUGAAAGUUUUGAUGACACAGAUGACGAACAAGAUAAUGAUGAGACGGAGAGCGAUGACACUGAUGAUGCCCUGCAACUGUUUGUGGAAAAAGGAAAGGGAGCCAUUAAGAAGGAAUCUGCCAGGAUAUCUAAGUGGCCUAAAAAAGUACUAGAUGACUUUAUUGACAUUGAUGUCAGUAGCAACAGUUCCAAAAGAAAGCUAAUCUUCACCAACUGCAAAAACCAAAAAAAUGGGCCCAUCUACGAAGAUAUUAGAAGAGCUUAAUGUUAGGGCUUCUAGCAGAGGUGAAGUAAUCACAUCUAAUGUCCCUCAGUUACGUAGCAAGUUUAAGAAGUGUGUCAGCGUCUGUAAGCAGGCAGCUCUGACACAAAAAGCCGCCACCGGAAUCAAUAGGUUUCAAGAGUACCAUGGGUUUGGGAAGUGGUUUCAUUCUCUGCCUGAAGUUGUUAGGACAAGAGAUCACUGACAGCCAGACCGGGUACUAGAGCCAUCCUUAUCAAAUUCAGAGAGGACAUCCCCUUAUAGUGAAGGGCUGGGAGAAGAACAAGAACCAUUGUUUGUUCCAGUUAAAAUGUAAAGAAAAAGCAAGCAACAAAAGAGAAAGUGGAUGCCACCACAGUCGAAGUCAUGAACCUUGUUAAAGCAACCAUUGAAAACGACCCAAAUAAACAACUGAUCAGCUUUAUGAGGGAGGAAGUGGGAAAAUCCCGUGAACACGAAUUAAAGUUAUUUCAACUAAUGUUAUUUCAAAGAGAAAAUGGCAUGAUACAAAUAUUGUGAAGGACCAUGCAUGACAGGGUUGUAGCACAGACUUGGUCUCAGAAUCAUCUGCUGAACCUAAUUAUUCGAGUCGACUCGAAUAUGUAUUAGGUUCAAAAUGAAAAGUUCGACGUUUGAAACGGGCCUAAAACAACGUAAAGUAUCCUUGGUUUGUAUCCAAACAUAUCAAUAAUGAUCUAUCACUAAUACUAAAACAUGUUGUCUUGAUCCUUAGAGCAAUUUUGAUAUGGGGAAACAAUGCGAAGAAGGUGAGCUGACUAACAUAGCUGGCGAAAAUUUUCAACUAGCCUCGUUCAGCCAGAGUAUAUCAAAAUAUUAGAGGCUGGCCGCUGUGGCACAGCUCAAGAGAAAAUCAUCUCCAGACUGUUUUUCGAAAUCAGCGACGUUGUAAUUAGAUAUUAGUGCCUUAAAAAGACGGUUUUUCAUCUAAGAGUGUCGUGGAUUGAGGGAAAAAUGAGGAAAGACUUCUUGUUAUAGCUAAUCGUUAACACAUGACAACAUUUAUCUCUGUUUACAGACAGUAGAGCCUACUCGUCUAGCUGCUCUUAAUCACCACAGCUCUCAAGUCGGUAGCGUAACUAAUAACAGUGAAAGUGUCAAACUUCGUGUCGUAAAUCAGGGCUGAAAGGUCUGGGGAGAGCAUGCAUUUCAUUAAAGAUGGCGGAAAGGACUUUUGUGGGAAUAGGGGCUUGAUUCUGUUCCUUGGAAUCAAAAGAUCAUUGGAUUGUAAUAAAAUCAUUGCCAAUUUUUUUUAUUUUUAGGGGCAGGGUAAAUGUUAUUCUGCACAUUAUAUCUACAAGUUCACCAUGGCUUCCCUUCGAUUUCAUGCCAUCAUCAACAGCAGCCAAAAACAAAACAUAUUUUAAAAACGUUAUUGUCAAGGGUAGUUAAUCUGUAGGAUCGCAUGCUAUUUUAAUAAUAAUAAUAAUAAUAAUAAUAAUAAUAACAACAAUGAAUUUCAGUUGUUGAUGAGUGUGCUUCAAAUCCUUGUCAAAAUGGAGCUACGUUCAUCGACAAACAUUCGAGCUACAAAUGUAACUGUACCAUUGGAUAUAACGGAACACUAUGCGAAACUGGUAUGCUACUUCUGUGUAGAGAAAAUUAAACUGUCCUAUCAAACCUUAUUGCCAUGCUUGAAACACGAUAUUUUGCCUCGAACCAUGACGGAAAAGAUGUUUUUACUCCAAGUGGUUAUUUCUUCAUUCGCGUAAAUCCAGAUUAAAACAUAGAAAGAAAGAAAUAACAAACAACCGCUAAGAGACGAAAGAAAGUAAUUUUUAACUUACAAAAACAAGAAGAGUAAAGGCAAAAACGACAACAAAAAUGCCAAAAGGGAAAAGAAGAACAAAACAAGACAAAAACGGAAACAGAGAAGAAAGACAUUGCAUCGACCUUACACAGUUCAAAGUCCAAUUAUUACUAGGCUGAAUGCGUUCUAAAAGGAAAAAAAAAUUGUUAGUCUUAUCUGUAUUUUUCAAUUUACGAAAGUUUUCAUUCUGGAAGCUGUUUCGAAAGAUGUCUAAUUUUGAUGAUUUAAAAAUCCGCUGUCUUAGGUUUUUGAGAUCGGAGGUAUAUCUUUAGAAUGGUAGGAGUUUUCUUCCCUGAUGCACUUGUGUCGUUAACGAAAUCAGUUGAUCUUUAUAACUUCAUUCAUGUAUCCAUGACUCAAAGCCAGGGCCACCAAUUGGUGGAUGUUCACCCUAAUAAAGUCUGAGGAGCUUAUUUUGAGUUUAUCAUGAGUAAUAAUUUGUGGAAAGUAUAUAGCACGUUUGUCACAUGCAGCAAGACUUCCUCUGGUGUCUAAUGGCUCAGUGAUGAAGCAUCUAAAAAAUCUAAAGUAGAUAUUGAAGUUCAUUCUAUGACUCAAAAUUCCACAUUUCUUUUUGCUCAGCAUGGUUUUGAAUGAAAGCAUUUGUUGAAUUCCGCGUACAGUCUCGAGAAGGAUCGAAAUGAUCGAGAGAACCGAAACUAUAUACUCCAAAAUUACAACAAAUCAUGAUCAUUUCAGCCGUGGUCUAUCAUCAGAUAAUCUACGACAAAAGAAAUGUUUAGGGACGACUCAUUAUUUGUAACGGUGGGGGGGGGAAGGGGGAUUAGAGGAUUUUGAUUGUGUCGCAACAAAAUUUACCUGAUUUCCCACCCCUGUAGUACUCUAAUGACUCCCUUUCAAUAGCCUUUCACUGUACCCCCCACCAAUCCCCUUUGAAAACCAUGUGAUCACCUCAAAAUCAUCCACCCCUUACCCCUUAAGAUAAGUUAUUCUGUCAACUCUGUCUUCCAUUAACUUUUUCACUUUUCUGUACCUGUAUUUAGACAUAGACGAAUGCAUCAACAAUCCUUGCCAUUCAGGAACAUGCAAGAACAGCCCUGGGAGCUACAAAUGCACUUGUCCUCCAGAAUGGGAAGGAAAAGAUUGUCUGAGUAAGCCACUUAAUAAAUUUUGCAUGGAUACCAAUGCACAACCUAGUGUUAUAAUGAUUGAAUUUGUCCCGUCUGUUGACAAGAUUUCCGUUGGUUGAAUUAAUGUAAUCUGGUCUCGGACGACAGCAUACCUUUGCUACGAGUAUACAAUAGCACUCAUUAGAAAUGCCACAUAAAUUAUGUGUAUCUCACGCUCGCAAAAGGAAAAACUUUCUGCGAAAGAGUCCAUCGAUGUCUAACUGUAGUCAGUCUACAUUUUUUUCUUGAAAAAAAAAGAUAAUGAAAAGAAGAGUGCAAAUAUUCCCUGCCUAAAGAUGAUUGAAAUGCGAAAAAGUAAACUAUACUUUUCUUAAAUUAUUUCCAAAUGCACUGUAAAGUCAGUUAUUUUGCCCACUCAGCUACAAACUUAUGACUUUCUCGGCAACUCGAAUGGGAACAGUAAGAAAACGUGGUUCACUUAAAGUUUCUGCUUUGGUUUUAGGCCUUUUUGUUUUUAUUUUUAUAGCUUAUCAGCCACGUUUCAUAUAAAAUACAGCCUUUUGAGCGAGAUUCGAUACUGUGACGUCCAUGAUAUGAUUUUUGACGUACAUAUGGAGACAACUGUCGACUAAGCCAUUUGUGCAUUGAUUUUGAUUUGUUGCAGCAAGAAACUACUGCCACGGGCAUAAAUGUUUAAACGGAGCCACUUGCCAAAAUGGAAAAAAUAAUUACACCUGUCAGUGCGUCGAGGGGAGCUCUGGAAUGUACUGUGAAACUGGUCAGUAUAGCUCAAACGCAUGUGUUGCAUAGUAUAUGAUGUAUGAAGUUUACCACAUACCGAAAAUCACGAAAAGAAGUUUUUAUUUUUGAAAUAUUUUUAUUUUUAUUUUAGUUAAUGACUGAUGGAAAUACUGAAUAUAAAAUAAAUAAAGUUAUCGUAUCGUAUCGAUCACGUGAUAAGAAUGAUACAAGCACCAAUUGUAAUAAUUUAUUCAACUUUCCAAACACCCCACAAUCUAAGUAAUAAUCUAAAUAAUAUAAAUAACCUGAAGUUGUAAUGAUAUCCACCACAACUUCCCAACCACCCCUGGGAAACAUGAAAUGGUCCUUCCCUAUUCAGAUUGAUCGAAUUGCAACCCUUAAAAUAAUUAAAUCUAAAAUUAUCCAUCGACAUGAAAUCUUGAUAAUCUAAUCAUCGAAUCAUCUUUGAGAAAAGUCAAUUUUUAUCGUCCGGGGGUGGGGGGGUGGAGUAGGGGAGGUGAAGGAAUCUUUUGGCGGGGGAGAGGAUACAUGGUUUUCAUGGGGAACGGAGGGGAUAUCAGUCGUCGUCAACAGAGUAUAAAGGGGGGAGGACAGAGUAAAAAGGGGGGAGGGGGAGGUUCAUAGUAAUACUGAGAAUCAAUUAUGAAGGGAUCAGGUAAGUUUUGUCGUGAGGGAACCAAAAUUCUCCAGCCCCACCCCUCCUCUGAAUGACUAAUGGCGAUAAAUAAUGGUCGUAGGAGAUAAUUUAUUUUCUCCUACCGUUCCCUUGAUUCAGAUAUAGAGGACGAAUGCUUAAGCAACCCAUGCCUAAAAGGGACGUGUCAAGAUCUGAUUGGACAUUACAGCUGUAUCUGUCCCAUUGACCGAAAGGGAGCCAGAUGUGGAAGUAAGACAUACUCCAGGAUAAUAUAGUACCAUCGACUGAGCUAAUAACAUAAAUAUAUCAAGAAUGCAUCCAAACCAGUCGUUAAACACUUUCAUCUCCCUAAUCAUUCUAAGAAGCUUAUGGCAAUUUGCGGCCUUUCCCUACAUAUAUAUAGUUCAAAAUAACUAAAAUGAAACACGCAUGAUUCUCUGUUACUCUGAGUUUCGUGCUAACGCACUCGUCAGACAGAUUCAAUGAAAAACAUUCUUGUAGGCUAAUUUAUAUAUAUAAAAAAGGUAGCUGCUGAUUACAAUAGGUUUUUGUAAUAUAAUAGGUUAGAAAAAGCGAAAAUUACAAUGGAUGUGGGUGUAUUAAUGAAGGACAAUGGGGCAGUAGGUGUGAAUAUAUUGACGAAAGUCUAUUGUCGCAGGGAGGUGUCAGAUGUUCUUUAGAUAAAACUUUUUUUCGUGACGGCAUUUAGAUAUAAGUUCGGAUCUUUUAUUCAACAAGUUGUUGCUGUUGGACGUAAUAAAUAAAAUUAUUAUUUAUAUACACUAACAGCACUGAACUAUUCAAAUACAUCUGGCAACUGAAGGACAACUCUGUAAACUUCAACAUAAAAUGGUCCAUUAUUGCAAGAGCCAGGCCCUACAACAACACAACGAAAAGAUGCGACCUUUGCCUGACCGUAAAAGUCCAACAGCAACAACAGAGUAACAUAGAAUCAUGCGUGCUUCCUUUUUAGUUAUUUUUAACUGUAUUUCGCUCUACACUCACGUGUGUUGAGCACUUUCCUAGAGCAUUUGUUAUAAUUUCUCACAAUUAUAUAUAUAUAUUUAUAUAUGAAAAUGGGAAGGCCUAUCCUGAAUUGACGGCUUGACGGAAAGUGACACUGUUUAAAGUGAGAUAAAAGAUACAGAGUGAUAUUUGUGAGACCAUUCUUAAGCCCCUCAUAAUGCCUUGCUGUCAUUUGAUUUUGUAAUGGUAAAGAAGAAUGGUGAUGGUGUUUAUGCUGAACGACUACGAUGGACUUCAUGUGACUACUUAAUCUCUUUUCAAUUUCUGAAAAACUGUCUCGUGCUACCUUUAAGCGCAAAAUUGGUUACAAUACAAGGCUAGGUUGUUAAAAACCGACCAGUAUUAAUCUAGAAUUAGAAUUUAAGCUGGGUUUGUGUCUUGUAUCAGGGUGGAGACUUCCUAAGUAGUGUUUUCAGGCAAAACUGAAGGUAAGAACUGCCCACAAAUGAACAUGGCUGAAUGAAAUGCGGUAACCUAACCCAGGGCCAAUUAUCUAUGCAAACCAGCUAAGAGGUAAAGAGAUGAAAGUACGUUUAUGCUUGCAUAGAUCGUGUCAACGACUGCUUCGACAACCCUAUUGGUGUUGCCAAUCCCAACGUGAUCUCUAAUCAGCAGAUGAAAGCGUCUUCCCACUUAGAUGAAUCUCAUCAGGCCUCUCAUGGUCGGCUAAACGGGGCAGGUUGGUGUGCGGGAAAUGCUAGCUCCCAGGACUGGCUUCAGAUUGAUUUCAAUCGAACAAUCGAUGUUUGUGCUGUUGCAACGCAAAUAGGUGCAAACGGCUGGAUUACCAAAUUCAGCCUUUUUUUCUCAAAUAAUGGAACACAGUGGGUGCCUUACGAACAAGAAGAUGGCUCCAUUAUGGUAUGCUGA